CGCAGUCUGUCGUCAGAAGUCUGACAGAAUCUACAUGUAAAAAAUUAUUUCUUACAUUUGUAAUUAAAAUCAAAAAUGUCAGGGCCAGUCUUGCCUCCAACUCCUGCGCCUUUGAAGAGCAUUCAACAUUAUUUAAAAAUUGCUGCGGAGCAUGAUCAACGUGAUCCUGUCGUUAGUUAUUGGUGUCGGCUCUACGCGCUUCAAACAGGUUUAAAACUUUCGACAAAAACCACUGAAGAGACCAAUUUUCUGAUGAAAUUGAUGGAUUGGUUGGAGAGCACGAAAAAGGCUCUGCAUGAUAACGAGGCGAUAACCAACAACGUCGCAGCUCAAGCUCAUUUGGAAAAUUGGGCUUUAAAGCUCUUCAUGUAUGCAGAUAAAAAUGAUCGAAACUCGAACUUUGAAAAGAGUACCAUCCAGAGUUUUUACACUGCCGGACUUCUUUAUGAUGUCAUCACGACCUUUGGCGAUUUGACGGAAGAGGCUGUGCAAAAUAGGAAAUAUGCCAAAUGGAAAGCUGCUUAUAUCCACAAUUGUUUGAAAAAUGGGGAAACUCCGGUCCCUGGUCCUAUGAAGCAAGAAGGGGAUGAUGAAGGAUCUGUUGACAAUUUGGCGUCUCUUGAUAAUGAUGCUGAAGCAGAGAAACCAAAUAUUGAGCCGGAUCAAAAUUCUGACGAGAGUAACGAAAAUCAAGAUUUAAUAUUUUUAGCCGGAGAGAUCACUACGGAAAAUGAGUCCGAAGAAGCUGAAGAAAAUAAUCCAGAGAAAGAACCGGAAGAAGCCGAGCAAACCCCGGAUAGAGAAUCCGACGAAGCUGCGGAAAAUCCAGAUAAAGAAUCUGAAGAAGGUAAAUUCGAGGCCGAGGAAAUUGAUUCAGCGAAAGAACCUGAACCAGCUGCCGAUGCGGAAAGCGACGAAGUUUCAGAUUCCGGCGUUCCAACACCACCAGCAAGUACGGACGCAUUUGGUUUUCCUUCAGUUCCAAGUAGUUUUAGUUCGAAUAUCACACCACCAAAGCCUGUGAAUAUUCCGCCUGAACGAAAAAAUUUUGUUCCAGUCGAGCCAAAUCCGUACAAUCCAGCUCCCAUUCCAACGAAUCCGGGCACUGAAAAGCCAUCAUCUUUCGAAAAUUUUAACAAUUUGAAAACGGAGGGAGGAGUAACUUUGAACUUGGAACAAAUGACGAAGGCGCAGAAGCUUAUAAAAUGGGCUGGGAGUGCCUUGAAUUACGAUGACGUGCCUACAACGGUGAUGAAUCUGCGAAAAGCUCUUCACCUUCUAACGACCGGCCAAGAAUUGCCUUGAGUUUUUUGUCCAAUCACGUUCGCUUAAAAAUGCUUUACUUACAGAAAAAGCUCGAUGAAUCAAAAAAUCAAAUUGCAAAUAGUCCUCAAGGGUUUACAUUGAUUUAAAAAAUAUUUAUAAUUUUAACUAAACCUAAAAGCUGAAGAUUUGAGUUAACUCCGACGAUUUUUCAGAAUUCGUCGAGAUUGGAAUAUUUUUUUAUCGCACAAUUUCGUGCUUUUCAGGGAAGAUAGAAUAACGCUUGUAAAUAACGACACCUUAGAUUUAAGAACUUGGCUUAGAAUACUUCUGCAUUUGUAUUAAUUAAGUAGAUCUGCAAAGUAGAAUAUUAUUUGGAAAAAUAAAGGAUAUUUAUGAAGAAAGAAACGAAAA